AUGAAUUAGAUGAAUUAACUUAAAACAUUAUUAGGAAAAAAUUUCACUUUACAUUUCAGAUCAAAACAAUUUUGGAUAAAUCUUUAUAUUCCUAUAUUAAGUGUUAUUUUAUCAAUAUUCGUUGCUUACAAAACAAAUUUAGGAUUAUUCUUCUUAAUAAUUUUUGUUUGCUUAAGCAAUAAUGGAAUUUUGAGACAAUCAUUAGUAUUACUUGUGAGAGAGAAAAGUGAUCAAUUUAAAUUGUUAUAAUAUUAAAUGGGAUUAAGUUCGAAUGCUUAUUAUGCAUCAUGGAUAAUAACAUUUUAUGUUAUGACCAUAGGUGUUUCUCUAAUUUAUCUGAUACCUUUUAUAGUAUUUGGAUUACAUAAAGUAGGAUAUGGAUAGUUAAAAAUUGUAAUAUUAAUUUUGGGAUAAAAUUUAUAUUGUUGUGCAAUUGCAUCCUUGGCAUUAUUUUUGAGUUCAUUCUCCAAAAAUUCAAAUAAGGUUAGUGAACUAAUUGGUCUUUUGAACGUAGUGUUAUCUUUUGUUGUGAUUUCUAAUUUUGUUCCAGAGCCCAAAUUAACUUUUAUUGGUCAAUUACCUACUUUAUUUUUACCAUAAACAGCAUACCAAAUGCUACUAUUAAGUUCAAAUUGGCUAGUGAAUAGUAAAGAAUAUUUUUUACAUCCUGGAAUAUAUAUCACUUGUUUAAUAAUUUAGAUAAUUGGUUAUACUUUAGGAUUUUUGUAUUUUGAUUAAGUUUUAAGUGGUUCCAAAAAGUUUUUUUUCUUAUGUAAUUUUUGCAAAUAAAACACAAAAACAUACACUAAUUUUGUUGAUGAAUAAAAUCAGAAUCCUAAUAAUAGAGAAUAGGAACCACAGUAAUUUUACAGACCAAUGUUAAAUAUUUAAUAUUAAGAAGUAGAUAAUCAAGGAGAACCAUUUAUAUAAGUAGAGAAUAUGUGGAAGAAGAUUGAUAAUCAAAAUAUUAUCAAAUCUCUCAAUAUGGAGAUUUAUUAGAAUGAGAUUUAUUGUUUAUUAGGUCCAAAUGGAGCAGGCAAAUCUACUUUAAUGAAUAUUUUAUCUGGUCUGUCCGAAAGAUCUAAGGGGAAAAUCAAUAUCUUAGGAUAGAGUAUAGAUAAUAAGCAGUUUAAGAAUCAGAUUGGAAUUUGUUUAUAAAAAGAUAUCAUAUACUAAGAACUUAAUGUUUACGAGCAUUUAAAAUUUUAUGGAUAAUUAAAAGGCAUUCUUGAUGAAGAAUUAUAAUAAUAAAUAAAUUAUAUCUUAGAUGUUUGCCAAUUAAAAAAUGAAUCUAACUUAAAGUCUUAAUAACUGAGUGGUGGAAAUAAGCGAAAAUUAAGUUUGGCUAUAUCUCUAAUUGGAAAUUCCAAAAUUGUGUUUUUGGAUGAACCAUCAUCAGGUAUGGAUGCAUUGACAAGGUAAUAAAUUUGGGAAGUCAUCAAAAAAAUAAGAUUGCAUCGAGCUAUUAUCAUGACAACUCAUCACAUGGAAGAAGCUGAUGAGUUAGCAACUAGAGUUGGAAUUCUAAUGAACGGGUAGCUUGUAACUCAAGGCACUCCUGACUUUAUUAAACUCAAUUUUGGAGUAGGUUAUCAUUUACAAAUGGACUUUUAGGAUCAGAAUUAAUUGUUGUAAGAAAAACCUAAAAUCUAAACUCAACUCCAAAAAAUCGAUAGUUAUACACCAGUAAUUUAAUGUGCUCCUACAUCUCUUAAAAGUGUAUUACCAGUUAAACAAAUUCAUAUGUUUCAUGAACUUCUAAUGUAUUUAGAAUAGAAUUCAUAAAGCAAAUUCUCACUUUAAUUGAAUUCACUAGAAGAUUCAUAUCUUGCAAUUGACUAUUAAUAUGGAACAUAAAAUAUUGAUUUGGAUGUUUAACAUGUCUUUUAACAAAGACCAAAGAUUGUGUUCAAAGCCUAAUUGAUAAGUUUAAUUUAAAGAAAAGUAUAAGUCCUUUUAAGUUCUACUGAUAUAUAAAUGAGAUAUGCACUACCAUUACCAUUAAUCUUUUUAGCUGUCUUGUUUGGUAUGUAGUAUUCCUUUUUGUUUGUAUUUUUUUACUUAGGAAUAAAAGCUCUCACAUCUACCUUAUAUGUAAUGAUUCAAAUUGAAGAUAAAGAUACCAAAAUUAAAUAGUAUAUGUAUUCAAGUGGGGUCAAUAUACACACUUACUGGUUGAGUAAUGUUAUAACUGAUAUAUUACCAUCCUUUAUUGAAGGCCUAUUUACAGCAAUCCUCUUAUAUAUCUAUGAUGUUGGACAUUUUCGGCAAUACUUUUUCGAAGUAUUCUUUUUAAUUACAAUAUUUGGAGUCUCAAUGAGUUGCUUUUCAAAUUGCUUGUCGAUAUUAUAUCAAAAUUAGCAAGGUGUUUACAUAAGUUCUCCUUUACUAUAAUUUUUUGUAUUCUUCCUCUUCUUUUUCAUCAUAAUGCUUUUCAUUGUUCAACCAGGUAGUCCAAUUGGGUUUAAUAUGAUUUCUAUGUUGCUGAUGAUAAUAUCACCGUUUUCAGCUUGCUAUAUGGGUUUUGCCAUGAGUCCUAUUUUAUUGAAUUUACCCAUUUUUAGUUACUUUUCCUGCAUCAUAUAUCUGAUUAUAGGAGGGAUUGUCUAUUUCUUAAUCCUCUACUCUAAUGACAAGAAUGAAUAUAAAUAAAUACAAGCGAAUAUGGAUGACACAGAUGCUUUGGUUGAUGUUUAACAAUUAACUAAAAAGCAGGGAUAAGUUGAGACUGUCCAUAAUUUGUCAUUCUAAAUUAAACCCAAAGAAAUAUUUGGAUUGUUAGGGCCAAAUGGUGCUGGAAAAUCAACAACUUUUAAUAUGAUUAGUAAAUUUGAUCGGCCAACAACAGGAAAAAUAAGAAUAAGAGAUAUUGAAACCAAUCUUGGGCUGGUUCCAUAAUUCUGCCCAUUCUAUCCUACAUUAACUAUAUAUUAACACCUCAUUAUCUAUGGGACUUUGAAAGGCUAAGAGAACUUAACCGAAGCAAUUGAAAAAUAUUUGAAGGCUCUUGACAUGUAUGAAAUUAAAGAUAGACAGGUUCAAUUCUUAAGUGGAGGAGAAAGAAGAAAGGUUUAACUAGGAAUAGCAUUGAUUGGAGGAUCAAAUAGAUUAUUCAUGGAUGAACCCACAACAGGAUUAGAUCCAAAAUCUAGAAGAAUUAUCUAAUAGAUAUUACUAUAAUCAACCAUAAACAAUGACGCUUCAGUACUUUUAACUACUCACUCUUUAUAAGAGGCUUAAAGUAUCUGUAAUAAAAUUGGAAUAAUGGUCAAUGGAUAUAUGAUAACAUAAGGAACUUUAAAUGAAUUAAGAGCUUAAUUAGGAGAGCAGGCAAGAUUCAGUGUUAAAUGUAAUAUAGGAAGAAAAGAACAGGUACAUUAAACUAUAUGGUUAUAACUCUCCCAUUAAUUCCAACUACAACCUAUAUUUGAAUACAGAGAUAACUAUCUAUCAUACUAAAUUCCAUCAGGAUAAUUCAAGUUUUCUUAACUUUUCUAAUAUCUACAAGUAGAACUAAAAUCAAAAUAAUUAUUGAUUACAGAGUUUUAGAUAUAUUAGCCAAAUUUAGAAUAAAUAUUUGCGUUCUAUGCUUCAUAGUAAAUUGUAAGGGGGAAUGAAAAUUUAUUAAUAAAUAACGGAGAAAAUGAAUUUGACUUUGGAAAUCGACUUAGAACUAUCAUGGCUUUCUUCUGUAUCAUAUGGUGA